AUGUCACUGACGGUUGAGGUGAGCCUUAUAAGUGGCAAGACUGUCUCCUUGGAGGCACCCCGGACUGACUCCGUAGAGUCGCUGAGGCUGCGUGCCCAGAGAGCGCUAGGAGUUGGUCAAGGUCGACUCUUGAACUCCGCUGGGGCUGUUCUGGAUGGGAAGACGUCGCUGGAGCGGGCCAUGCUACAGACUGGGGAGCCCUUGACCCUGCAGAUUCGGACCGUGCAGGUCUGCAGUGGAUCGAUGGCUAUGGGUGCCAUCCUGGGUGACGGAUCCGUCGUGGCGUGGGGUGGCUCUGGGGCUGACAGCACUGCUGUGCGAGAGAAGCUGAAGAACGUGCAUAGCAUCCAAGCAACAACCAUGGCCUUUGCGGCCAUCUUGGGUGAUGCAUCCGUUGUGUGCUGGGGCAUCGCUAGCCGUGGGGGUGACAGCAGCUCCGUGCAAGGUCAGCUCAAUAAUGUGCAGCAAAUUCAGGCAACUAAGGGAGCAUUCGCCGCGAUACUAGAAGAUGGGUCCGUCGUCACUUGGGGAAGUGAUUUUCUCGGUGGUAACAGCAGUGUGGUACGAGAUCUGCUGAAGAACGUGCAGCAAAUCCAAGCAAAUGGUUUGGCUUUCGUGAUGGAUCCGUCGUGUCUUGGGGCGAUGUUCGAUUUGGUGGUGACAGCAGUUCCGUUCAAGAUCGGUUGA